UGAUUCAAAGGUUUUUGUAACGGGUCCUUGUGCUUGAUCAUGCGGACCCCCAAAAGUUGUCACUUGAUCCGGCUCAAGUCAUCUGUCGCAUGCACGGUUUAAAAACGAUUCCAGGGUAUUAGGCGUAUUUUGAGGGCAAUUUCUUAUUGUUGUAUCAGUUUGAAUAAGGCCGUUUACGUAUUGUUAUGUGCAUGCAUGUGUGCUGAUUUUACCUUUUUAGCAUUGAAAUAUGAUGCCGCAAAUUGAUAUGGAAUUCCACUAUCAUUAGUUUGAGUGCAAUUUAAAAACAAUUAUCAUCUAUAUUUAAUGAGAUAUCAUUUGAAGUUGUGUAAUAGAGUAAUAAAUGCCCCGAGGAAAAUUAAAACUGAAAAACCUUGCUUUAUAAUCACGAGUGGUAAAAGAGCUGUACAGCAUUUAUCCAGCAAAAUAUUGUACUAAUUUAGUGCAGUGGUCUAGGGUAUAGUAUAUCGUAGGUAAUGGAUCAAGGAUAUAUGAUUGAGAAGCGAGGACUGAGGGGGAUAUCAAUAGCAGCAAGAAAGUAGGACUGCCACAGACACAGGACGCUAAUCUCAAAACAUAAAACACAUAUUCAUGGAUAAUAGGACGAGUGGCAACUCUACCGGCGUUGAACCUCCACCAGAUGCCUCUUGGUUCCUUGGUGUAAUUGUAUUCUUAAUGGUUUUAUGUAUAUUGUGCAACAGCUUAAUUGUGGUCACAUUUAUAGUGGAGAAGUCAAUUCGAAACCAGGCAAAUAUGUUUGUCGUAAGUCUUGCAUGUUCCGAUCUCGUGGUUGGCAUGGUAUCCAUUCCCUUCUGGAUAGCGAACGCGGCACUUGAUGCAGAACUCCAUUAUUAUAGCUAUACCGUCGACAUCCUGUGCGGUUCAGCGUCAAUUUUCAACUGUGCCCUUUUGAGCAUAGAAAGAGCGUUGAAGAUCAGUCUUCCUUACUGGUAUAUAAAUAAUGUGAGUUCCCUGAGGGUAAAAAUCGCUAUUCUCUGCGGCUGGAUCGGAGCCGUCUUAGUUGGAGGCCUGUCUUUAGCCAGAGGAACAGACCGAAACAAUAUUCCCUACAUAAUGUUUCUAACCAUCGUCGUUUACAUUUUACCAGUCAUGGUCAUCUUCGUUUCCUACGUGAGUAUAUUCAUCGUCGCACACAAGCAUUUGAGGAGAAUUCGAAAGCAAAAGGGCCGGCGUCCGGUCGAGACAACCCGCAUGAAUGUCUCCGAGUGGAAAACAGCACUGCGUCUUAGCGUCUUUAUCGUCGUGUACAUAAUAUGUUGGACUCCGUUAUUUAUCAAAAUUUGGAGAAAAGUUUUUUUACCAGACAGAUUAGUGGGCUUCGAGGUGGUGGCAGCCACGCUACCGAACAUUAACGCAGCUGUAAAUCCAUUUCUUUACGCUCUUCUUAAUCCACUGUUCAGGAAAGGAAUGGGCAAGUUGUACACGAGAAAUAAAGGGGCAGGUCGAACACUUGAGUCUAGUCGUCGAAACGAGCUUUCCACAGCUCAAACAAAUAUCAACAACAGCCCUUCGACUGGCAGGGCCGUAUCUGCGCAGUGUUCCCCCAACACCGAGCGGUUUCUAUUGUCAAUGCCUGCUAACUCGAGAAAGGAUCAGUUAGACGUUUAUGAAACGCUACUCACUUCGCCAGAUGUUAACCACGAAUACACAAACAAUCAUUGCGACAAUAGAAACAAUAAUUGUUUGCAUGAAACUAGCUUGUAGAAUAUCGUCAACCUUAGAUAAACAUGGUUUUGCAAAUCAUUGAAAGACUCGGUAAAAGAAAAGUUGUGAGAUUUCAACGCAUUCCGAGGUUUUUAAGCUUAAUUCUGCGUUGAAUGCAUGCAUGAAACAGCCCUGGAAGAACUAUAUCUAUCCGGGAGAAUUAUAUAUCAAUAUAUACGCAUAGGUAGCUAAUGGAAACAACCCAGUAACAAUGUCAAAUUUAUCGGCCAGGCAUACACAGCUGGGAGAAGCGCAGGAAAAGUUAAUUUGUUAAGCCGUGGGGUUGAACGUUAUGUAUGUUUACCUGUCGGAAUCAGUGGAUAUUAUUAAUUAUUAAUCCUUGCUAAAAACCGAUGCAUCAACAAAACCGAUAUAUCACCCCUAACCCUAACCCUAACCCCGUAAAACUGAAAGGAAGAGGGGAAUUUUUGAACUUUAUAAAGCAAGCUUUUCUUGUGUUUUUAAAUCUUGCUUGAUACCGCAAAUAGUUCGAAGAGACAAUAUGUCCGCCGCCAUCUUGGAUUUUUAUUAUAUGCCGCGUCACGCUAUUUUUGUCCUGACAAUAAAUUAUAUAAAUGGUGCAAUAAAUUCUAUAAAUGGAUGCCCUUGGAAAUAUAAAGAUCACUCAAAACACUGAAACAUCAACCUGACUAAUAUUUGUCUAGAAACGAUUGCAACAUUAUUGUGGACGGCGGACAGCUGUAACUAAUGAAAGAGAAUAUUCCAAGAUCUUUAAGUGUGAAAAAUUUCUAAACAAAAUUCGUUCUUUUUAAUUUAAAAACUGAUUAUGGCCAUUUUCAUAAUACACCAAACUUUGUCGAAAUUUAUUAUGAUGAAUAUUAGGAUAGUGUAGCUAGAAAUAUAUUAUGCAUAACAAUAUAUAAAAUGUAAA